AGUGUUUACCGUUGCCAGGCGAUACACGCCAUUUUUUCAAUAACGUUUCACGAGUCUCAGCCACUGAAACGUCAAAAUGGGAGUAGAUUACUACAACAUCCUCAGUCUAUCGAGGAGUGCAACCGAUGCUGACAUUAAGAAACAAUACAGAAAGUUAUCACUACGUUUCCACCCAGACAGAAAUCCUGGAGACCAAGCAGCGUAUGACAAAUUCAAGCAGGUGGCAGAGGCUUAUGAUGUAUUAUGUGACCCUCCAAAGCGUGCAGUGUAUGAUCAGUUUGGAGAAGAAGGUUUGAAGAAUGGCGUGCCUGAGGGAAGUGGGGAAACUGGAGCAUGGACUCAGGGAUACACAUUUCAUGGCAAUUCCGACAAGGUUUUCAGAGACUUCUUCGGAGGAGAUAAUCCAUAUCAAGAAUUUUAUGACCGAGUGGAUGGUGAUCUCAGCAUGGGUUUUGGAGGUCUGCAGGGUAGAGGUCGCAAGAAGCAAGAUCCUCCCAUUGAGAGAGACUUAUUUUUGUCACUAGAAGAGGUUUUCCAUGGUUGCACAAAAAAGAUGAAGAUUUCAAGAAGGGUUAUGAAUGAGGACGGCCAUACUUCAAGCAUUAGGGACAAAAUUCUGACAAUCACAGUAAAAAAGGGAUGGAAACCUGGAACAAAAAUCACUUUCCCAGAGGAAGGUGACCAGGGACCAAACAAUGUACCAGCUGACAUUGUAUUCAUCGUAAAAGACAAGCCCCAUCCUCGGUUCAGACGUAGUGGAGUAAACCUUGUCCACACAGCCAAAGUACCACUUGGUAAGGCUCUCACAGGGUGUGAUGUGGAAAUCAUCACUCUGGACGAGCGUGUACUACACAUCCCCAUCAACGACAUCAUCAAGCCUGGAUACACAAAGAGAGUCCCUGGAGAAGGAAUGCCAAUUUCACAAAACCCAUCACAGAAGGGAGACCUAGUGAUAGAAUUUGACAUUGAAUUUCCUACAUCUUUAACACCUGACAGGAAAGAUAUGAUAAGGAGGUCACUUUUACAGUAGUGGUACUGUACAAAAUCCAACAUACCAUCGGACAACAAGAUUUACAAGAAAAAUCAAGUGUGAAUUCUGAAAUAAGUGCAUUUGGAAAAAGAAAAUGAUACGAAGAGCAUCAUAAAAUGUCGAAAUUUUAUCAGCUUGUGUUGAUCUUCAAACUGUGAUAGAUGUUAUUUACAUCAAAUAUGUUAAGCUUUUAAAAAUUAUAUCAUGAAAAAUAUUUGUGAAGUUUACAAGGUAUACAUAAAUUGUUAUUACAGCAUUUGAAAUGCAUACCAAUUUAAACUUUUCUUUGUCAUUCAUAUUAUGAAAUAUUAUUAUUUCUAAAAAUUAUUUCAGGUCCUGAAAAGUAUCAACAAAGGGGAGACAGAUACCUGUGAAUUGUGUUGAUACUUUUAUAUUUUCUAAACUUUUGUAAAUAUCAAUUAGAAGCAGAUUUCAGCCCUGCCACAUAUCUGAAAUUAAUUUUCAGAUAAAACUGUACAUAUAUUUAAUAAUAUAAAAAUAAAUAAGUAUACAACUA